CAACAGCUGAUCAUCGUUCGUCACCGUGGCGCCACGAGUUUACAACACAGCACGAGUUUCAGGGACCAGUUUCACCUUGUUAUGAGCCCAGCGGGACGCGGAGACAGCAGCAGCCACCGCAGCGGCGCGAGAUGCCAAAAUACUGUUCGGCCCCAAACUGCAGGAAUGACUCCGGGAGCGGCAGCGACAAGAAGAGCUUCUACAGGUUCCCUCUCCAGGACCCGGUCAGGCUGCAGCAGUGGCUGAGGAACAUGGGGCGUGAGAACUGGACUCCCUCUCGGCACCAGUAUAUUUGCCACGAACAUUUUGCGCCUUCGUGUUUCAAAGUGCGAUGGGGGAUCCGCUACCUCGAGCGAGACGCUGUGCCCACCGUCUUCCAACAGGCUGAGAAACGGAAAGCCACAGACGACACGGAGAAGAAACCGAAGCGUCUUCGAGCUAACUGUACUCGGAGCGUGGCGGUGUCAGGUGACGUGGUUUUUGACGCUGCAGACGUGCAGAGCGCAGUGCACGCUGUGCAUCUGUAUCAGAUUGCUGUCAACCCAUCGCAACAAGAAGAAACCAGCUUGGUGGAACUGAGUGAUAUUGGAGACUCUGACUGCUCUCUCGAGACAGAACUGGACUCACCGGCAGCAAUAGACAGAUUAGAAAUGGGGGUAAACUUCCCUUUAACUCUUUUCCACACAAUAGAUGAUCUGAGCGACAACGGAGAGCAGACAGAGGUGGUGGUUAUGUCUGAAUGUCCUGCUGGCGAAGGGCAAGAUGAGCUUAUGAGCGAAAUAACUGCUGCGAUUUUAACUCAGGGACACGGGCUGGUAGUGAACGACUCCACACUCGGCAGCACAGAUGAAGCCGUGGCCUUGAGUGGGGUUGAAGAUGCGAUUUGCACCACAGAGUUGUUCUCAGAUGAUCACAAUAGCCAUGAAACUCAAGUCAUCGCCUACUUCGAGACGAUACCGAAUGUUUUGCCCAAAGACACUUUUACCCAGUUCACCUUUUCCCCAGAAACGGUACUUUCAUCCGCCCUGAGCUCCACACCCAUCACAUCCACUCUGCCUAUAGUGUCCAAACACGCAGCACCUUCCCCCACAUCCCUGGUCCUCACUAUGGAAAGACUGGAUUGUGAAGGAGGAGAGGGAGAUGAAGGCAAGUCGGAGGAUGAUGAAACAGAGCCAGAUCACCAGCUGGAAGAGCACUGCUACCACAAGAACAGUUUGAGUAAGGAGCAGCUGGAGGCGAUUGUGUCUGAGCUACAGAAAAAGGUGAAAGUGCUGCAGCAGCGGCAUCGCCGACACCUGGAGAAGCUUCUCGGACUGGAGAACACGGUCAGCCAGCUGAGACAGAGCAAUCUGCUGAAUGAAGAGCGGCUGCAGCUGCUGGAGAGGGCUUACAUACAGACGAGUGGAGCCGAGUCUGAUGCUGGUGAGACUGUGACCAUCAUCUAUGAGGAGGAUGAUGCUGCUUACUUGUACACACCACUGAUUGAUACAGAGGCAAAGCUGUGAGGCCUGACUGAGCGCGGACAGUUUGUGUGUCUGUGCUGCUCACCGUGCCAAAAAAAUGAGUGACGGGCUUCAGCUGUUGAAAACAAAAUGCUCCCUAAUUUAGUUCUUUCCAGUUUUGUCUCUGAUCCAAAAAAAAUCUGUGUAUGAAAUGUGACAGCGGGUCAGUCCAUCUGCUGCAAGCUCUCCACAAACAUGGAUGAAUACUGGGACAGUGCUCAGUGUGUUUUUACAUGUUAUUCCAUCAACCGGUUUUGACUUGCUUUGGUUUGUGGUAAUGUGCAUUUAAUUCAACUUUAGGCUUCUGCUUCGGCUUUGCUAUGAAUUUAUAUAUUUAUUUGAAAAACAAAGAUUAUUCAGCCACUGAAGUGCAGCUUUAUGAGGCGGUGUUGACACAACUGUGACAUAAUCACUGAGAGGCAGGCUGGAACAGAGCACGAGUCAGCACAGAGGGCACACCCUGUGUUCAGGACUGCAGGUUUGCUUCGUGGAAGUUUGCUCGUAUUUCCAAGUAUCACUGAGAAAACCACCGCACAGUGAUUUGAUCCAAAAGGCUUUUCUUAUUCAUUUGUAUCUACUGUCUCCUCUGUCCUCCGACCUUUGACCCAGAGGUUAAAUUCACUGCACCUUAUUGAAGGAUGCCUGAGGUCCCAAAAUGCCUGAGGUCCCAAAAUGCUUGCUCAGUGUUUUUCCUUCAACGUCUAAAAGAGGCUCAAUACACAGCUGAGAUAUGCAAACUGAGGUGAGGACUCUACAGCUAGUUGGUGCAGGUUCUCAGUCAAACAGGUCGUGGUAGGUAUUACAGUUCCAGUGCUCACACUUCCUGCCCUUCACUGUUUGUGUGUCCUUUAAAAAGGUAUGUCUUGUUACGCCAUAUUGUGACUUUUAUUAAAAGCAGGCCUUAAAUCACAAACACUGACAUCAUUAAAAAUGUUGCUU